AUGCUAGCAGACAAAGUCAAUGCCAAGGCCGCUCGCCAUUCCAGACCUGCCAAUGCCGCUUUUACCUACGGCACUGCAGGAUUCCGCAUGAAAGCAGAGCUUUUGGACUACGUCAACUUCACCGUGGGAAUUCUCGCCGCCUUGCGCUCGAAGUACUUGGGCGGCAAGACCGUCGGCGUAAUGAUCACCGCCUCGCACAACCCGCCCGCCGAUAACGGAGUCAAAGUGGUAGAUCCGUUGGGAAGCAUGUUGGAAAGCUCCUGGGAAGCCCAUGCCACAGCUUUGGCCAACGCCAGCCACGACCAGUUGGUUGACCGCAUCGAGGCGCUUGUUGCUGAGCUUCAGAUUGACCUCAGUGUCCCUGCCCGGGUCGUUGUUGCGCGUGACUCGCGUGAGUCGUCGCCAAGAUUGUCUCAGGCGACGAUCGACGGUAUCGAGUCUAUUCCGGACACCAGCGUGCACGAUUUUGGCUUGUUCACCACACCACAGUUGCAUUACAUCACGAGAACGUCGAACGACAAGGCGUUUGGCGAGUGCCUGGAGGCAGGCUACUAUGGCAAGAUGGCCACGGCGUUCCAGAAAAUGCACAGAGGAGGAAAAAAGAUUGAAGUCACGGUCGACUCGGCGAACGGCGUGGGCGCCGCCAAGAUCAAAGAGCUCGGCCAGUACCUUGGCGACGAUGUGGUCUUCACUCUCGUGAACAACGCCUAUGACCAGCCGGAGCUUCUCAACUUCGAAUGUGGCGCCGAUUUCGUCAAGACAAACCAGAAGGCGCCCAAGGGCGUCUCUCUUGAGCACGGAAAUUUGUACGGCUCCUUUGACGGCGACGCAGACAGAUUGGUCCACUACUACCAGGCAGACGACGGCGCCUUCCGCUUGUUGGACGGUGACAAGAUCGCCACCUUGCUUGCCAUGUUUUUGCAGAGGUUGUUGGCGAAAAUCGACACGGCCAAGUUGAAACUCGAGAUUGCCGUGGUGCAAACGGCCUAUGCUAACGGUUCUGCCACCAAGUACGUCGAAGACGUUUUGAAAGUGCUGGUCCGCUGCACGUCCACUGGUGUCAAACACUUGCACCACGAGGCAGAGAAGUACGACGUUGGUGUGUACUUUGAGGCUAAUGGCCACGGCACGGUGAUCUUCUCGCCGGAGGCGGAGAAGAAAAUAUUUGGCUAUUUUGCCGCUUCGGAUGAGGAGGCGGACGCUAUUGCCAUGCUCCAGGAGUUCACACGGUUAAUCAACCAGACGGUGGGCGACGCCAUAUCGGACUUGUUGGCGGUUUUGAUUGCGCUCGACUACUUGCAGUUGAGUCCGGCGCAAUGGGACAAGGAGUACACCGACUUGCCCAACAGAUUGGUGAAGGUGGUUGUUCCAGACCGCACUGUUUUCAAAACGACCAACGCCGAAAGAACUUUGGUGGAGCCAGCAGGAAUGCAAGCGAAAAUCGACGCUUUGGUGGCCAAGUAUCCACAGGGCAGAAUGUUUGUCAGAGCUUCGGGAACCGAGGAUGCGGUUCGGGUCUACGCAGAGGCAGACACCAAGGAACAUGCUGAGAGCUUGAGUGCCGAGGGAAGCGCAUUGCUCCAGUAG